AUGGCUCGUCUUGAUUCGGAAGCACCGGCGGCGUCCAUUGUCGCCGCGGGGCUGGGCUUCCACGACAACGGGAGCGACCAAGGCGGAGGUGCGGCGGCGGCGCCCGCGGGGGACGACUCGGCGUUCGACACAAACGUGGUGAUCAUCCUGGCCGCGCUCUUCUUCGCGGUGGUCUUCGCCAUCGGGCUCAACUCGCUGGCGCGGUGCGUGCUCCGGUACAGGGGCCGCGGGGCCGCCGUGGCCGCUGAUGUCGAGGCCGGUGCGACGGCGCGUGCGGCAAGCCGCAGCGGUCGCGGCAUUAAGAGGUGCGCGCUGAGGAGCCUGCCCGUGGAGGUGUACGGCUGCGGGGAAGUAAUCGACGACGUCUGCGCCAUCUGCCUCGGCGAGUUCGUCGACGGCGAGAAGGUGCGCGUGCUGCCGCGGUGCGGCCACGGGUUCCACGUCCGGUGUGUCGACGCCUGGCUCGUGUUCCACGGCUCCUGCCCGACGUGCCGGCAGCCCGUGAUCGAGGUGGCGCCCGCGAAGGGCGGUGGCCGGAGCCAACUUCCCGCGGAGACCGACAUGAUCGCCGUGGUCAUCGUGUGA